AUGAAGCCUUGCAAAACAUCAAAGAAGGGAAAAUUGGAGGGUGCAGAAAGGUUGUUUGUGGGUAUAGUGAGCACAACAUUAUCUGAAGAGGAAUUAUCAAAAUGCCUUAAAAUUAGCAUAUAUGAACCAUUGCAAAUUAAGGAAUCAAAAUGCAGCAUCUGUCAGGAGGAGUUUAUAGCAGGAGAUGAAAUAGGAAGAAUGGGAUGCAAUCAUGGUUACCAUGUUGUGUGUGUAAACCAGUGGCUGCAGUUAAAGAACUGGUGCCCUGUUUGCAAGUUUGCUUUUGGAGUCCUUAUUUUGAAAACAAUGUUGAUCUUUUGGUACUGCCUUGCAGGGUUCUGUAGCCACAUAGAAAGUCAAGGACCUGAAAAGGAAGGCUGCAGCAGAGAGAUUUGGGAUCACAUAAGUAACACACAAAAAAGAAGGUUUUUAGGGACAUAAUCUAAUCACAGGAGAUGGAAACAAUCCAUUACUUAAGAUUUUCUGUUGAUAAGUGAGGCUCAAAUAGCAAAGGGGUACAUAUUCACUUAGCCUUUGGAGAUUAAUCAACCUGAAUAACAAAAAGAAGAGAGAUACAAAAGAGAGACCUGGAUGGUGAAUUCAUCCUCAUUUACUCCAUGUGUAGCGUAGUACCCACUGUAGAUUAUGGCCCCAGAGAAGUUUGGUGGUGUUUGUGGCAUGGUAGCAGUCAUACCCAACAACCUUUUAAUGCACCUUUACCUGCAUCUACAUCUGUUAAUUUUAUAUAGGUAGUUAAUAAUUUCAAAGUUUGGAAUCAUAGUGCAUGUUCAAUACCUAUGCAGCUAUGUAUGUAUUUUUAUCCAUAUUCAAGGGUUGUUUCUUUUUGAUUUAAUAGGUUUACAACUUAAUGUAAGUUUGUAUCUAUUUUACUUAUCUGCAGGUUUAAUGUAUUAAG